GGUCCUUGUUGAAACCUUCACUGUAAAUGCCAGCCUUUUGUACAAGGAGAGUGACAAAGAACCUUGUCCAGACCCUAAUUCCUGUCCUAUAUCUUCUAAACCCUAACCCUAAUUCUCAAGAACGAGACCACCAUUCUGAGAAGAAGCUAGGUUCAGGAUUUGUUUUCAUGGAAAUUUAGAGAAAUCUAAGAUUUUUUUGAUGCGAGGGGAAGUGCUACCGGUUGGAGAGAAUCGGUGGUAGAGAAAGUUUGGGUUAGGGAUUUUUAGGGAGAGAGUUUGAGGGUUUUGAUUCGGAGGAUUGGUUUGGUGAUUGCAGGAAGUUGUGAGCUCUAAUUCGCGCAGAUUGUUGGCCGCUGAAAGGAGAAACGAAGAAGCUAGGGUUUCGUUUUGCGUAUAGGUAGGUGUAGAUCAACGAGGGAAUUAGAGUUUUGAUGGGGGACUUCUUUUCUUGAGCCUUUGAUAGGAAGGUGGAGAGACUAAGCAGGGCGUGAAGGUUUCAUGGGGCCAAUCCCUUGAUAAACCCUGAUUAACGAGAACCGAACUCUCAAUAUAAGGAGAACCUCGAGUUUCCAUUAUCAGGCAGCUACAUAACAAGCACCAGAUCACUUAAUUGAGGGAGAAAUUGGGUUUCUGCAGGAAGUUGAUGAAUUAUAAUUUUGAUGGGGGCAAGCCUUUCACGUUUGACAGAAGGGGAUGAAGGGCCUAAUUCUAUCAGAACAGGGCUUGGAGAUAUUCCAGAGAGCUGUGUAGCUUCUGUGUUUAUGUAUCUGAGCCCACCUGAGAUUUGCAAGCUUGCUCGAGUGAAUCGAGCAUUUCGAGGAGCUGCUUCUGCUGAUUUCGUGUGGGAAUCGAAGCUUCCGUCGAAUUAUCGUGAACUUUGGCAAACUUUGUUCUCAGAGUGUCCAGAAAACCUCACUAAGCAGGAGAUCUAUGCUCUUCUCUGUCGUCCAGUUCCUUUUGAUGGGGGUUCGAAGGAAGUUUGGUUGGAGAAGACAACAGGUGCUGUUUGCUUGACCAUUUCUUCGAGAGCGAUGUCCAUAACAGGAAUUGAUGAUCGUAGGUACUGGAAUUGGAUUCCCACCGAUGAAUCUAGGUUCCAUGGAGUGGCUUAUCUCCAGCAGAUUUGGUGGUUUGAAGUAGACGGAGAGGUCGAGUUUUGUUUUCCUGAAGGAGCAUACAGUCUCUUCUUUAGGGUUCACCUAGGUAAAGCCUCAAAGAAGCUAGGUCGUCGUGUCUGCAACUUUGAGCACAUCCAUGGCUGGGACAUCAAGCCUGUUCGUUUCCACCUAUCCACAUCUGAUGGCCAGAAUGCUUCGCGUGAUUGCUACUUAGAGGAAUCCAAUAAAAAUGGAUCAGAAUGGAACAAACCCUAUUCUCGGGGGGCAUGGUUGAAAUGCCAUGUUGGAGAUUUCAGAGUGAAUAGCUCCGAUUCCCCGACCAAGAUCAAAUACUCCAUGACCCAAAUUGAUUGCACCCACACAAAGGGUGGCCUCUGUGUAGAUUCAGUGUUCAUUGUUCCUGUCAAUCUUAGUGAGAGAAGAAAGGCAUGUUCGCUUUUAGAGAGAGGAAGGUGAAGUUGGGUUAAACAGAGAUGGUAUACUGGGGUUUUCAGAGCCAAAGGUAUGUUGGGUUUUAGAGAAAAGUAUGUUAGGUUAUAGAGAAAGAAUGUUUGUUCGGCAAGGAAGGUCUGUAUAGACAGAAGGUAUAUCGGAUUGCGUAUAAGUUUGUGGUGCUCUCGAUUUCACUGUGCAUAAGCAGAGUAAGGGCUUGCGAUCACCGUAUGUUACAUGUCGGGUUUUGGGCGCAUUGGCAUUUAUUCUGCAGGGCGGUUUCAGAUCUUUUAGUUUGAAAUUGCAUUCGAGGUGUGCUGUUUUGAGUUAGUUUUUUGUUUCAAUUUUUUGGUUCAUAUAGAUGUAGCAUCUCCAAAUAUCUUGUUGAUUAUGUACGUCCAUGUUUAGUAUUUGUCCCAUUGUCUAUAUUUCAAAAUGUGAAAAAUUUCUCUUGAGAUUGAAUUACAAGCAGAAUGAAGCUUUUGGGACUGAGUAUCAUCAAUGCAGUUUGGAGAUGCAAGCCUAGGGUUUUGCAUCUCUUCCAUGGUUUUGUUUCU